AUGAUCCCUCAUAUCACAGAGCCCUUGAUAGAUGAAUUACCUGUAAAGGAAAACGAACGCAUUUCUGCUGUUGCGGCUCACGAUCGAAAUAUUUAUAUUGGAACUUCAAAAGGUAACUUAUUCCAUUAUCAUUUGUUUGAAGAUGCGAUCCAAUACUUGCAAAUCACUCUGCUUUCCGUUGGAAACAAGGAGGUGACGCAAUUGGUAACGUCUUCAGCCUUGCAAAAGUUGUUUCUUGUAAUCGAUGGUACACUUUUGGUGUUUCUGCUUCCAGAGCUCAGCCCAUUUUCUGCCAGGCAGUUGAAAAAUAUACGACACAUAUGCCUAAUGGAAGAUGGGGUUUCAAUCAUGCUCAUAAAACCAUCAGGCAUCCAACUAAUUCAGCUUUCUGAUAAAUCGUGGAAAUUAUUGCGAGAGUUCAAGCAUGAAGGGAUCAUACUGGGAACGGCUCCCCUCAACAACUUGAUUUUGCUAGCGAAUGGAGAAUCUUAUGAAGUACUAGAUAUGAGCUCAGGAGAGACCAUCCCUCUAUUUGAUUACAAGUCAGACACUGAUGUUCCUCCAUUUAUUGUACUUUUUAGUACACCCGACUCGAAAGAAUACUUGCUCACGGUUGCUUCAGACGAAAACACCUCCAUUGCACAAUUCGUUGAUACAUCUGGAGAUGUAACCAGAGGUACAUUAACAUGGUUGAAUCACGGCUACCCUCGGGGUGGUGUUACUAUUGAUUGGCCGUAUGCGUUUGCCAUGUUUAAAAGUUCGAUAGUAGUGUCUUCUUUGCAAUCGCUAGACACUGUAUUAGUAAUGGAUAUUGACAAUGCAAGCCUCCCACAGACACUGGAAAACAACGGCAACGCUGGAAAACAUUCAUGUGACUUUCGUAUCCAGAAAAUCAACGUUUUCUUUCAAGACAAGUCAACAGAGGAAGUGACUGGCCAGCCAAUCGAACUGAGCUCUUCUAUGGUUGUGUUUAGCGAGAAAACAUUAUAUGUUAUUCAUCAAGAUAAUGAAAUAACUGUUGCUAAUAGGGCCUUUCAUGAGGCGAUGGAGUCAAAUGAUUUUAAACACUUUUUUGCUGUGGCUCAUGGUGAUCUGCCAUACGUGCACAUUCUAAGAACUAUGGCUGCUUUUUUAACUGAGCAGGAACCGGUAGAGCUACUAACUGAGAGAAAAGAUGGUCGGUUGAUUAUAGAACCUAACUUGGCGCUUCGUUUAUUGGGCUACGAAUACCCUUUCUUUAUGUAUCCUGGAUUGAAUGAAAUUCUAGAUAUGUGGGACUUUAAAGAUGACGAUAUGGCCAAGAGGUACUUACAGAAAUUGAAGCUCAAUGACAUGAGCUCCGAAAUAAGACUAUUGAGCUACAAGUUUGUUCCAGAAAAUGAUCUUGAUUCGUUGAUUGCUGCAGACAAGUGGACUUUUUCUGGAAAUGACAAAUCAGUAAUAGAAAUAUUGAUUGAAAGGAGCCAAACAGCAAAGGCCUCACGCAUCUAUCAAAUGAUUCCAGAACUGCCAGAACUCGUAUCUGCUUAUAAGGAUUUUUUAUUCCAGCACUUACAGGUCAGCCUUGUUGACGAUGCAUUAACCUUUUUAGCCAAAGAACACCUUGAGGAGAAAGAUUACAGCAAAUUGAUUUUGGAAAUCAUAAAGUUAAACAAAGACAAGGGGUACGCCUUUAUGCGAAAAUCUACAAUGUACCGCGAAAUCAAUCAAAAAAUUUUGAACGAAUUAUCAGAUGACCUGAAGGGAGAAAAGGACUAUGCUUUAUUACGGAUUGAGCUACUUGAAUCCUCAUUUGCUGAAAAUGGUGCAUUAAGAGGUGAAUUAUUGGGGUUAAUCUUCACUACGUUAACUGCAUUAUAUGAUGAUGAUAUAAAGGAAAUUUUCAAAAAGCUACACGACGAGUACAAGGAGAUGAACAAUCUUUCCAAAUACAAGUGGCCCAAAAUAUCCUGGGUUAACUUUUUAGCUUUCGCUAAGGAACAAAAAAACCAAACGUUUAUUGAAUUAUAUCUCAAGUCGUUCGAGUUAGUUGGGCUGGACGACAAGCGCUUAGAGGGGGCGCUCUUUGCUUACCAUAAACUUUACACAAAACAAGACAUUCAGGGGUUGCUUGAUUUUGGUGACUACUCUACAGCAGAAAGGCUAGCUUUGGGUGAGCGCGCAGCACAACGAAAGCGAUACUACAAGUGGGAAACUGUAAACCAGACAGGGGUCAAUAACGAAAGUCUUUUAGUUAUUUUCAAGUACUACUUGGGGUUAUAUGAACGAGAUCAGCCUGUGGAGCCAGCAAUCCAGCACUUUGUUGAAAGUUAUGCCAAAAAUAUAUCACCAACGGUUAUCAUCAAGCUACUACCGGACCAAUUUCCAUUAGCGAAUUUGACAAACUUCCUAAAAGAGUCACUCGUUGGCUUACAAUUCAAGUCGCGAGAGGAAGUAAUGACCAAGUCAAUAAUCAAAUCGGAAAUAGCUAGAACUAAACAUUUAAUAAAAGAUUUUCUAUAG